UUCGCGGAUCCAAUGAGAUCACGCCGCGUCCUGGGCCCUAUGGUCAGAGCGAGCCGGCUGUUGCAGGCAGUAAAAUUUUUUAAGAAAUAAUGCUGAGUGGUUGUUGUAAGGCACCUAGAUAGUAACUCGCGCAUUGCAAAUAAAAUAAUCAAAGUGCUAUUAAAUAACCAGCUACAGUCUUAUGUUUUUGUAUUAGAAGUUGUAGCUUGACUGGGUUUGCACUUCAAGCAGAAGAACUUGUAGUGAAAGGCAAUGACAAUGGGGGUACCGCUGGUGUGUGCCACUGUCUUCUGCUUUAUCCUGGCCUUACCUUCUCCAACAGCAUCCGUAGCGGUGAUGUCUGUUGACCUGGGUAGCGAGUGGAUGAAACUGGCUCUAGUUAAGCCUGGUGUGCCAAUGGAAAUUGUGCUGAACAAAGAGUCGAGGAGGAAAACUCCAGUAGCUGUGUGUUUAAAGGAAAACGAGCGACUGUUUGGGGACAGCGCUCUGGGAGUUUCGGUGAAGAACCCCAAGUUGGUGUACAGGUACCUUCAGGACCUUCUGGGGAAAAAGCAUGAUAACCCUCAGGUGGCUUUGUAUAAGAAACGUUUUCCUGAGCACCAGCUGCAGAAGGAUGAGACCAGAGACACGGUUCUCUUCAAGUCCUCAGAAGAGAUGCAGUAUUCCCCAGAGGAAAUCCUGGGAAUGAUUUUGAAUUAUUCCCGUGGCUUAGCGCAAGACUUUGCAGAACAGUCAGUCAAAGAUGCUGUGAUCACAGUUCCAGCCUACUUCAAUCAGGCAGAGCGCAGAGCUGUUCUACACGCUGCGCACAUGGCAGGUUUGAAGGUCCUUCAGCUCAUCAAUGACAACACUGCUGUCGCGCUAAACUAUGGAGUCUUCCGGAGGAAGGACAUCAACAGCACAGCCCAGAACGUGAUGUUCUAUGACAUGGGGUCCAGCAGCACCGUAGCCACUAUUGUCACAUACCAGACUGUGAAGACCAAAGACUAUGGCACCCAACCUCAGCUACAGAUCCGAGGAGUUGGCUUUGACCGCACCCUGGGUGGCUUUGAGAUGGAACUGAGGUUACGGGACCACUUGGCUGAUAUCUUCAACAAGCAGGGGAAGACCAAGACGGACGUGCGGAAGAAUCCGCGAGCCAUGGCCAAGCUGCUGAAGGAGGCACAGAGGGUUAAGGUUGUUCUCAGCGCCAACAUUGACCACACGGCUCAGGUGGAGGGUCUCCUAGAAGAUAUCGACUUCAAGGCAAAGGUGACGCGUUCCGAGUUGGAGGAGCUCUGUACUGAUCUUUUUGAGAGGGUCUCUGGUCCCGUUCAAGAAGCCCUCAAUUCUGCUGAAAUGUCCUUGGAAGAGAUCGAACAGGUCAUCCUGGUUGGAGGAGCAACCCGAGUGCCCAGAGUUCAGGAGAUUCUGCUAAAAGCCGUUGGAAAGGAAGAACUGGGGAAAAACAUCAACGCUGACGAAGCGGCCGCUAUGGGAGCCGUGUAUCAGGCCGCAGCACUCAGCAAGGCCUUCAAGGUGAAGCCUUUCCUGGUGCGAGACGCCGCGGUGUUUCCCAUUCAGGUCGAGUUCACACGGGAGACGGAGGAGGAAGGGGUGAAGAUGUUGAAACACAACAAGCGGGUUCUGUUUCAGAGAAUGGCUCCAUACCCCCAGCGCAAGGUCAUCACGUUCAACCGCUACACAGAUGACUUUGUGUUUUAUGUCAACUACGGUGACCUUGGGUUCCUUAGUGCAGAUGACCUCAGGGUGUUUGGGUCCCCCAACUUGACCACAGUCAAGUUGACAGGGGUAGGCAGCAGCUUUAAGAAGCACUUGGAUGCGGAGUCGAAGGGCAUCAAGGCUCAUUUUAACAUGGAUGAAAGCGGUGUGCUCAUCCUGGACCGGGUGGAAUCUGUCUUUGAGACCAUAGAAGAGGAGAAAGAAGAAGAAUCGACUUUGACAAAACUUGGAAACACAAUAUCAAGUCUCUUUGGAGGAGGGGGUUCAGAACCAACCGCGAACCUCACAGAGCCUGUUCAGGACGAGGAGGAGCUAACACCUGAAGCUGGGAAAGAGGAGGAAGAUCAGGCCAAAAAGGAUGACGAGCCGCAGGAUGCUAAUCAGGAAGCUGAGGAGAACACGGAUGCUCAGCCAGAGAAGGCGGCUGAGGCUGAGAAGGUGGAAGGCAGCGCCGAUUCCCAGAGUGAAAAGGAAGCAACUGGAACUGAAGGAAAAACUGAAGAAAAGAAGCCAACUGGAGAAGAAGAGAAGACUGAGGACAAAGAUAAGAAGACAAAAUCACAGAAGAAAGUAAAGAUCUCAGAAGAAAUUGAUGUAGAGCUAGAAAUAAAUGAUGUUCUCAACCCAAGUCCAGAUGAGAUUGAUUCUUCUACGAAAAAAUUGCAAGACCUAACUGAUCGAGAUCUGGCAAAGCACGAGAGGGAAAAGGCCUUGAACAGUCUUGAGGCGUUCAUCUUUGAAACCCAGGAUAAGAUGUAUCAGGAUGAGUACCAGGUGGUGCUUUCUGAGGAAGAGAGGGAGCAGAUUUCCAGCAAGCUGAGCGAGGCCUCUACCUGGAUGGACGAGGAGGGGUAUACGGCGGGUACCAAGGAGCUGAAGGAGAAGCUGUCGGACCUGAAGAAGCUGUGCAAGUCCAUGUUCUUCAAAGUGGAAGAGCGCAGAAAAUGGCCUGACAGAUUGGCAGCGCUUGACAGCAUGCUGAAUCAUUCUAGCUUUUUUCUUAAGAGUGCCAGACUUAUACCGGAGGAUGACCAAAUCUUUACAGACGUUGAGCUGAAGACCCUGGAGAAGAUCAUCAAUGAGACGACCACUUGGAAGAACGAGACGUUGGCAGAGCAGGAGAGACGCUUGCCGACCGAGAAGCCAGCUCUGCUGUCCAAAGACAUCGAGGCCAGACUCGCCCUUCUCGACCGCGAGGUCAAUUACCUGCUGAACAAGGCUAAGUUUGCCAAGCCCAAGCCCAAGGUCAAACCCAAGGAGAAGAACAGCACCGGUACGGAAAACGGCAAAUCCAACAGCACGGAGGCUGACUCUCAGAAAGUCAUCCCACCUGUGGACAAGCCUGACGCUGAGAAAGCGACAGAAACCCCUGAAGAGGUGAAACCAGGUGGGGAGCUGCCCAUAGACAACGGUGCUGAGGAUGGGGCUGAAACGGAAACCCGUCAGAAUCCCACAAAAGGAGCAGUGAAUACAGAAUCCACGGAGAGCAAAUCGGAAAACCAUAUAGAAGAUGAAUUAUAACGACUGGAACUUAAACAGAUAUUUUGAUGUAUUUAUUAAUUUUUUUCGUCUCCCCAAACUUAAAUCAAAAUGUUUAAUUGGAUCAGCUUGGAGAAUCCUUGGUGUACAUUUUUAGAACGUUUUGGGGCUCCUGACCUUCUCCCCUACGACCAGCUAGAGCACAUAUGAUCCUGUGAGAAUUGCAGAAACAACUUGAUGCCAUUUUUGUCUAGUUUAUUCCGUUCUGAUGUCGUGAAAUUUCAUUUUCAAGUUGCCAGUUCCAUUGUCAGUCUUUCUGCAAAAUAAGACCCUGCUCCAAGCCA